UUUUCCAUCUUUCAAUUAGGUUACACCAGUAGGUUACACCGACCAACAAAUAUACAAUUCCACAUAAUAUAUUAUAUAUCUUUUUCAAAUUUGACCAAUUAAACAUGCCGGGACAACUGGAGAACUAUUGUUCCACGGAGCUGCUGCACGAUCUCUACGAAUCCUGGCUGAUCCUGUUUGCCGCCAUCUUCUUGCGGUACAAUCAGUGCCGCCUAUUGUCCUUCGAUCCCGCCUCACCUCUGGAUCCCUUGUACGCCGCUCCCGUGGACGACAAUCAGCGCUGGUCGGACGUCUUCUUGGCCAGCGGCAUUGUGUUGGCCAUCCUGGAGUAUCGGCCACUUUGGGUUCGCCGCUGUCGUCAUCGCAUCCGCCUACUGAUGCUCCUGGCUGAGAUUGUGCUGGUGCUCCAACUGACCGAGUGGAUGGAUCGCCAGGUGUGGCAGCCCUUCCUCUGCAUCGUUCGCGAUCUCUUUGCUGCCAUGGGACGUGCUGAGUGGGCAUCCUGGAUGCACCACUAUCUGCCGGCUGUUUGUCAAUUUUUUGCCAGCGGCCACGCCUUCAAAGCCUUCCGCCUCCUUUCAUCCUUUGCCGUCUGCUGCAGCACUUUUCAUUCAUCGGUGGAGAACUGGCGGCACUCGAUGGACUUCCUGAUCCUUGGUUGUGUGCCAAGAUCCCCGCUGAGGAACCAGCUCAUCCACGAGGCCAAUCAGCGGUGGAACACCAAGAGGAAAAGGAACGGACAGCCGCCGACUCCCUCGCCCGAGACGCUCAUCUACAGGCGACUGUGCUCAGUAUGUCGGAGGGAUAGAAGGUGCUUUCCCCGAAGUGCCCAAGGAUUAUAGAUCCCGGAUUCGAAAACCCCGACCGACCACGCUCCAACCACGAAAAAGAAAUUAUUGGAAAGAACGCCAAAGACUACACGAUUUCUUCAAAGGAUUUUCCAGGGAAAAGAAUAGAAUAGAAUAGUAUCAUUUGCAUAGUCCAUAGACAGCUGCAGGUUUUUCUUUGAUUGUGAUAGGCCAAAUUGAUUGCCAAAUGAUCGUAAUUACUUGUGAUACUUUUAUACCUCAAAAUAUUAAUAAAACUUGUCUUAACCCGUUCAAAAAAUAUA